GUUCGCUACGACAGCGAGAGGCGCCGGAUGGAGCCGCAGACACCGUGGAUGGCGGCUGGACCUGAGCCAGGAUAUUGGGAUAGACAGACCCAGAAUGCUGAGGGGAGCCGGAUCGUGGCUGUUGCUGACCUGGAGAGAGCGGAGCGGGGCUGGUACAACUGGAGUGGGCGUCUCCACACAUGGCAACGGCUUUAUGGCUGUGACCUCCUGUCUGACAGGAGCGUCCGUGGGUCCAGUCGGUACGGCUUUGACGGGCAGGAUUUCAUCUCCUUCGAGCUGGGAUCCGGGAGCUUCGUGGCAGCCGAUGGAGCUGCCCAGAUCACCAAGAGGAAAUGGGAACACGAUGGGAUCAUGGUGGACCAUUUGACCAAUUACCUGGGGAACAUCUGUCCGGAAUGGCUCCGGAAAUAUGUUGGAUACGGGCAGGAGGCGCUGGAGCGCAAAGAGCCCCCUGAUGUCCACGUGUCCGGGAAAGAGGAACACGGGAUCCUGACGUUGUCCUGCCACGCGUACGGAUUCUACCCCGGGAUCAUCGGGAUCAACUGGAUGAAGAGGGAUGAAAUCCGGGAUCAGGAGACGGAGUGGGGCGGGAUCGUUCCCAACAGCGACGGCACCUUCCACAGCUGGGCCAGGAUCGAGGCGCUGCCGGGGGAGCGGGAGCAGUACCGGUGCCGGGUGGAGCACACCGGAAUGCCGGAGCCCGGGAUCUUCGCCUGGGAGCCGGAAUCCGUCUGGAAUUCCACCCCGGUGUUGGUCGCUGUGUCCGUCAUCGCUCUCCUGUACUGGGCAGUAAAUAAUUCUGAUUGA